AUGGGGUUCCCUGUAGACACGACUUUGUAUGCCUCGCGAGAUGGUUCGUGCAUCUGGGAUGAGGAUGCCGUGCGGUUGGAUCAGUUGAAGGUGGCGUUGAAGAACGUGGGAUUCUCGAAAAGACAUGUCGCGCAGAAGUGCCAGCUGGUUGCUGCUAUUCUCCAUCUGGGUAACCUGGAAUUCCAUACCGAUCGCUCUCGCAACGAAGACGCUGCUGUCGUGGGCAACACGGAUGUCCUCGAUAUCGUCGCAGAUUUCUUGGACGUGCAGCCGGAAGCUUUGGAGGCUGCGCUAUCGUACAGAACGAAGAUGGGGAAGAAGGAACUAUGUACAAUCUUCCUGGAUCCCGACGGUGCCUCUGAUAACCGAGACGAACUCGUGAAGCCGCUAUACUCCCUCCUGUUUGCAUGGUUGAACGAACACGUCAACCAACGCCUUUGCCACGACGACUUCAAUAUGUUCAUCGGACUGUUUGACUUACCCGGCCCCCAGAACAUGACUAGCCGGCCGAACUCCCUAGAUCAGUUCUGCGUCAACUUCGCUAACAAGCGGUUACAGAACUUCACACAGAAGAAGCUGUUCGAGCGCCACGUCUGCGAGUACACGACAGAGGGUAUCUCCCGCUUCGUUCUCCAGGUGCCGUAUUUCGACAACUCCGCGUGUCUCCGCUUAUUGCAGCACAAGCCUGGGGGUCUCAUUCGCGUCAUGGAUGACCAGGCGAGGCGUCAACGGACCACACCAUGCCCGAGUCGUUCGCGAAGCGAUGGGGCUGCUUUAGGCGCUCAGUUAUGGAAAUUCACCCACUAUGCGGGAGCUGUCCAACAUGCCGCCAAUCCCAUCACUUUCGAGUCUGCGACUACCGCCGGACUACAUGGGGCUGCCAACUCCCGACUGUGUCGAUCUCCUGAAGAUGAUCGACGGCGCGCAGAACGACAUUUCCAGAACGCGUAUAUGUCUUCCCUCGGGCCUGGCUCUGGCUCUGCUGCAGCUACCUCCACCCCUGCUACCGCGCCGACGUCCAUGCCUACCGCGUCGCUCACGUCCACUCCCGCAGCAGCGCCGCCGACCUCAGACAUGCCCGCCUCCUCCGCCUUCCUGUCCUUGACAUCCGCUCCGGCCUUCGUUAACUUCCCCGAGCCCUUACCCUCAGUGGCGCCGUCGUCCUCACCGAUCGCUCGACCUGCGGCCGUCCUCCAGUCUAGCUCUGCACCUGCACCCGUGGAAGCACAAUUUUCAAGUUCAACCUGCACACGGACAAGUGGACCAUCACCGCGCAGCUCUGCAUCGUGUGUCUGA